AUGGAGCUAAAAAACGGCGGUGAAACGAAGAAGAUUAGCGGAGGAAACAAGUUGAGGCAAUUUGUAAAAGCCUCCGCCCGGCUUCUGUCAAAAGUCCGAGAUUUUUACAUCAGGAAUCUGACGGACUGUUCCAACCAGCUGGAUUAUGUGAUGGCGCUGAGUGGGCCGGUCGGUCAGAUGCCGAUUCAUCUGCCUAAGAGCUACAGCGUGGGGUCCACUGCCUCCAGCCGCGGCGGUGGCGACGACUACGGUGAGCUUCUGAGGGCGGCGUCGACCCGAAGCUUGGAGAAGAAGGUGGAACCUGAUUUGGAAAUCCAAGUGGCGAGGAAAUCGCCGAUGGCGGAACCGAGAAUCGUGCCGAGGAGUCGGAGCGUGGGGAUUGGGAGAAUCGAUGAGGAGAAAUGUUAUGAAUUUGAAGAGGAUUUCAAGGCGGGGAAUACUUGUGCGUAUCCCAGAAGUAGAAGCUACGCUGUUCAUAGAAGAAGGCGGGUGUAA